AUGGCCGCGUCGUGGCGGUCGGCACUCAUCAAAAAGACUAAGGUGAGCAUAACACUGAUGUGGAUAUCCAAUAUCCAUGUAAGACGGAUUCGAGGUUGCUCUAAGUUAGCUGUUUAUUAGAUAAGCGUCAGCCCUCAGGGCCAAGUAAACGGAAGUAAACUAUUCAGUUUCGUCGCGUAACGAAACGUAUUUUGUACGUUUCAUUACCAGCAAUCUUUCAAGCUGAAUUAGCUCCUAGUACUUGGUUUUAACAUGUGCUACCAUUUGAACAUAUAGACUUGAAAAAAACCUUCUUGGCAAGAUCUUCGCACAACCCCAUACUUCAUUUUGAAUACAAUUCUUACGUAAGGAAAACAAUGGCGAAAACAAUAGAUAGCCUUCGUGACUAAGACUUUGUUUACAUUAGUAGGAUGUUUGAACAGAAGUCUUUCCACUUCCUAUAUUGGCGGAUGCAAUUGGACAGCUUGUGCAUAAGUAUUGAUGCUCAAAAACGUUUAAUAAAUAGUAUCUGAAGUCAUAGGGAAAUAUUGAAGCCAGUCAUGUAGGUGAUACUUAAAUGAAAUGUCUAAAGUAAAUUUCAGUGGUCAAAUUUAAUUUUCUUACAAGAAAAAGUAAACAGGACCUUACUGUAGAAUUAAAUUGGAUUCUCUUGAAAAUAAGAUAUAAAGAUGUAAAGAUCACAGCCCCAGAAUUUUAAAGAGCUCCUUUCAAUCCUGUGUUCCUAUUGGCUGUUUUCUCGCUCAGCAUUGCCCAUUUUGAUCACAUAAACAAGUUCCUUAAAUGUGAUUGAAAUAUCUGGGGAACUCUGCCUGUUACAAGAGUUCUUUUUCCAAGGGUUUUACAGAAAUGGAAUCCUAAAGCAUAUUUUGAGGUCAGCUAAGACAUGUCAGUCAAGAAACAUCAAUCCUGAGUUUUUUUACUGUAUUUGGAAGGUCUUUAUCAAUAUUUUGUUUGUUUUCUUGUUUGUUAGUAAAUCCUUUGUUGAUCAAGAUUGUUUGAUCAUGAUAGCUGGAUAAAAAAAAAGGACAAGAUUGCAUGCAACAAUCUUUGAAAGGCAAUGUGGAUAUCCUGUAAUUAAUGAAUUUUAAUUAGACAAAUAAAUGAGUUUAUUUAUCGAACCCACUCUAUGUCAUGUUUACAAUGAAGUUUUGCAGAUUUCCUUGAAAUCCUGAGGUCAAGGAACUGUGACUUGAAAACAACCCACAACACGUUUCGGGGUGGUAGCAUGCAUUUUCAGGCUUUUUUUUCUGAAACCUUUCUUGAACAUCUGUAUACUUAUGAAGCCAUCCUAUUGGCAUGUUGAUUGAACUGUCAUAAAGUGUCCUCCACUUCCCUGCAGGGUCAUUGCAGAACCAGCCAGGGAAGUGUGUGAGGAAAUUCAGCUAUAGGAUAAAGAAUUCCUUCCUGAUUGUAGGCUUAAAUCUUGACUUUUUUUACAUUUGAAAUUUUUGGCUAUGAAUGUUCACAACUUUGUCAAAUAAUGGAAGGUAACCAUGUUGAUAUCAUGGAAAUUUGUUCACGGUUAUAGUGAUGUUUAUUGGGCUUUCACCUAGUUGGAGCUUGCUCUGUCAUGACUGUCCCUCACUGAGUUUUUCUCUUCAUUAUUGUUAUUUUUGUUUUUUUUCUUCUUCUUCUUUUACCAAUUUACAUUAACUGUCAUCUAACUAUUAUUUAUCAUAUUUAUGUUAUGUACUCAGUGAAAGUUGAAUAAAUAAAUAAAUAGAUGUUCAAGAUUAUUUUUCUCCAUUGACAGAAAAAAGCAAAUUCUUGUGUUAAAGAUGUUGAGCAGGUGUUGAAGUAUUUUCAUGGUCUUAGGCCAGGAAUACAAGAAUAUAGUAAGUUUACACAUUUCACAUCCAAGAUCUACAAGUCUACUCAUACCAUUGUUAUGAUAGAGUCUGGUCAUGACAAUUUGUGAGUUAUAGUUUGUUUUAAAUGAAAAAUCUCACUGAGAUUGACAAAGGCCUGGUUUUCAGCUUUGUUUAUGUAUUGCUCAUUGCUAACUGUCUAUUAAGAAGUAGUACUAAAUCGCCUCACAGACCUUUCAGGAUUCCUGCCCUAUUUUCUAGGAAUCUGGCCCUUCAAAAAUUCUACUUCUCACUGUAAGCACAUUGCAUGUUGAAACUUAAUAUAGCUGCAGUGGAGAGUAGCCUGGUAAGGAAAGUUAUCCUGGAGUUAAACUGUGGUCUACAUUUUAAUGAUCCAACAAUUAUCCUUUACUUUUUACAUCAUUUAAAAAUCUGUAACUUGUGUUUAUUACUAAAAGCAUAUGAAAAUGGAAGACAAACAGAGUUAUUUGCCAUGGAGGGGACAAUUCCCAUCAAAAUAAAAGGUAAACAACAUAAUCUGUGAAUUAUCUUUCAUCUCACCUCAAGUUUGGUUUUGAUGGCUUCUUAAUCUCAUGUUAAUAACAGACCAAGACAGUUGGACAAAGCAACAAAAUUAUACUAAAUAAUUUAAGUUUUGUAUUAUCUUUUAACCUGUAACAAAUAAAUCAGUUCUUAAGUAAUCAACAUACCUAAUUAUGCAGUUAUUAAUUUUGUUAUUGUCUUGUUUACUUCUUAUUUUAGUUAAUGGUAAAUUUAUGGUUAUUCUUCAUCUUGCAAAUCAGAACCUCUGUUUAUCUUGCAUUAUACUUUCCAUUCCCACAGUUUCUUAUUAUUAACAACAAUGACGAGUAUAGAAGUGUUGGUGCUGGAAAAGAAAUUUAAAGUAAAUGUUAAAUUGUAGACAAGCAAAUCCUGUGGGACAACAAAAUUGUGUUAAUUUUUUUUCUGAAAUAAUCACACUAUCAGCCAAAAGCAGAUUGAUGUCAAAGUUCUGUUGCAGGUGUUACUUACAAUAUUCCAGUUUGUGUUCUGCUACAAGAGGGUCAUCCUGAAGUUGUGCCUCUGGUGUAUGUCAGACCAACAAGCUCAAUGGCAAUCAAAGUUUCACCUUAUGUUGAUGCAAAUGGCAAAGUUUAUCAUCCCUACCUUCAUAAAUGGAAUUAUGUAUGUAAAAACUUGUACUACCAAAAAACAAAGAGAGUAGUGGUAUAAUAUAAAGGUUUCUCGAGGCAUUAAAUAUUCUGACACCAUUCACCAAAUUUGGAAAGAGUAAUAAAUAUUCUUACAACAUCUAUGUACAUGAAAUGAUAUCAAUAGUUCAAAAAGGAAAACAGCUAGGAUUCAGUUUCUUGCCAACUGAGUUCAUGCUUGGAAGCCACCAUAUCAAAAAGAUUAUUCAAUGGUAAUUACAGGGUCUCUCUACUCUUGCCCUCUUCCUCCACUUCAAAAACCCCACCACCUUCACUGUUAAGGCAAGAGAAGAAAGAUGUUGAAAAUGAAGAUAAACAUUGAUCUCAAGAUGUUGUACAGAGUAACAUUUAAAUUAAAACUGAUGUUACAUUGAAGCAACAUCUGGCCAUCUAGGCUUUGGCAGAGAUUUUUGAUGUAAUUUAUGACCACUGAAAAGCUGACAACACAUUACCACAGAUGAACAUUGAAUUGUCAAGGAUGGAUGUAGGAUUCCACCCUUGAUUGCGCAAUCUGGCCAUAGUUCUCCAAGUAAUUUCUGCUUUUCAUACCACUUUAAUUUUUUUUCAGAAAUCAAGUAAUAUCAAUACAUUACUUCAAGAACUGUGUAGAAUUUUUACACAGAAUCCACCAGUAUAUACAAUCUCAAGGGGACCAAGCAAUUCAAUCUCCCAACAAUCUCAGGGUAACAGUCAUCAAGAUGCCAGGCCAUCAGGGUCCUUGUGUCAGGAUCCCCCAGCUCAAGGCUCCAAAAGUGAUGGUGGGUUCUUUAUUUGUUAGCAUUUGUAGUAAUUAACCAAUAGAGGAGCCUUGACCCUGCUUGGUGCUGUAGUAAAGUACUUAGGAAGUGGCUAGAGUAUGAAAGAAGUGUAGGGAGAAACACAAGGUUUCUCAAUUUGUUUUAUAUUAGAGAAUCUGUUAAAUUCCACACACAUUACUUUCAAUUUUCAGAACAAACUUAAUUUCCAAAGCAGACAACAGUGUCAUCAGCGUGCUCUAUACUCUCAUAAAGCACACCACAUUAAGCCAAUCAGAAUACUUAUUAGAAUAGUAUAAAUAAUGUGAUUGAUUGAACACGACUAAAGCUCUCAAAAUUGUCAAACCAUCAAAGUUUGCGAUGUCCAAUUGUUCACAAACUGAAAUAGUUUGAUGGUUGAAAUUGACACUUUGUGUUAAAUUUUUUUGUUGUCUUGCAGAAUCCGAAAGUGAAAUGUUCAAUAAAAUCUGGCCAAAUUGUGGCUCAUAAAAACACAAGUUUUUUUACAUGAUAAUAAGUAAACAAACUGCUCAGGAUAUUUUAUGAAUAAACAAAAGAUGAAAAGAUUUCUCGGGAAUUUCACUUUCAAUUACCAAAAAAAGCUAGAGAGAAGUCUCAGAAAUGGUUGGACAAUUAGUACAAAUUGGCAUAUUUUUCAACAGCUUUGGCUCAGCUCCAUAUUUUGCACUCUGAUAAAGCAUGCUGUUUCAUCAAUGACAUGGUGCAUUUCAUCGGAUCUGAACAUGCAAAUUUAGAUAUGUUGACCUUCCUGUUGUCUCAAUCAAGAGCUUCCUCAAUUGGUGAUCCUUUCUUUUAUUCUCAUAACCUUAGCGUGUGAUUCAGGGGUGAUAUUGUGAGGGGAAAGUAGAUGCUAGUCACUCUUAGGGGUCAAAGGGUUAACAGAAGCUAAGACCAUAUAAUCAAAACUUACUUAUAAAACAUCAGCCUUUGUAUUAAUUUAUCAUCAUGUUGCAACUGGCCUUCUUGUUUCGGUGACACGAGGGUAAUUGUUUUGGCUGCAUUAUUGUCCACCACACAGUUAAGUUACAGCCUCAGGUGAUAUUGAAUAUAAUGAUAGUUUACCAAGGGUAGGUGUGAGUGUAUGUUUUGUUAAUCUUAGUAUGUGCUGAUGGAGAAUAGUUUUCCUUAAUAAAUACCACAGAGAUGAAAAGUGCUUUUCAUACAAGCUGAUUGGCUAGUGUGGAAAUGAUUUGCAAGCACCAUUCACCUCCAAUCAGUGAAAGAGACAAAAUCAAGACAUAAGAGUUAUAUUUCAACCACUUUUUGGUAUUUUGACUGAAGAAACUACUUAUUUUUUUUUAAUUUCUGUGUGGUAUAUGCUAUUAGCUAUUAUAGUCAUUCACCCCAUUGUCAGUAAAAUUGUUGAAUAUUACCUUGAUUUAUCUUGUUGCUCUGCUGCUUUGUAACUAUCCACCACUAUUUACCUCCUCUUUGGUAAAUAUUUGCUAAUUAUUACACUAGGUAGAUUAGUGUGCAGGUAAUUUUCAGCCAGUUACUGUGGAGAAUGAUUAGUGAUUAACAUCUCCUUAUCAUUGUAAUACAGCUGACAAACAGGCAUGUGAUGAGAAUUGAUUGAGUUAUCAACUGAGUGAUAUUGUUUUAACCAGAACUAACUUGUGGACAAAUGGAUACCAGUAGCAAUUAGUUGGGAGAAUUUUGUAGCUUAAAACAGUUGGAGUUUGUCUAGACUUGGUUUGACUGUGAAUAAUUGAAAUUUAAUAAUAUUUUUUAAAAUAAAUUAUGUUUACUUUUACAGAAAGCAAAAAGGAGUGUAUUAUAUGUAUGAGUAAGGAACCAAACAGCGUGCUGAUUCCAUGUGGCCAUCUGGGAUUGUGCAUGGCUUGUGCCAGAGAGAUACAGAGGAACUCCAAACAAUGCCCAGUCUGCAGAAGUGUAAUUGAUCAAGUUCAUCAAGUCUAUGAAUCCUAGACAUAUCUGAAAAUAGAGUUAUUUUGGGUUUUUUUGUUACAUUACAUAGUUCAUGUUUGAAUGCUUACCUUACUGUCACAGGCUUCAUUUUGAAACAAUUUUAAAACAGAUGUAUUAGAUCAGAUACAAACAAGAAUCUUGUUAUGUUCCCCUCAUCAAAUUAGUAUAUCUGUAAGUUUACUAAAAUGUAAAGAAAAACAAUUUUAAUUAUGGCUUCCAUUGGACACAUAGAUCUAUUUAACAGUAAUCAUUUAAGCAUUUUACUGAAAUAGGAAGGAAAAAUGAAAGUCAGUUUGUGAUCACUGUCAUCUUCAAAAAUUAUUUAAGAUGGGGAUCAGCUAAGAAUGACAGAGAGCUAGAUUAAGCUAAAUGAAUUAAAUUAGAAGUCAUUCAAUAAUUGAAUAGUCUUUUUUUUUUAUGAAAGAGAUGAUUUAGGUGAACUAUAUGUGAUUAACCAACUGGAAAAAACUUUUAAAUCUUUCUUAUUCCCUUGUGAAAUAAAAAGUAUGCUUUUUACGAACAUUUCUCUGCCAUGCGUGUUAAAUUAUAAAGUAAACUGCGUUCUUGCUGUCUUGUUGUUUGUUUGUUAAAUUUUAUCCCCAUCAGCAAAAUGAAAUACGUUCAUUUAUGUUGUUUAAAUAGGAAAGGAAAGAAACCAGGGAGAAAGUUUCUGUUUGUAUCUUGUUUUUUUUCGACCCAUCUCCAUUUAAGAUCACAAAAAAAAUUAACCAAACCAACUGACCAACAAAUGAACGUGUUUCUUCUGUCAAUAGCUGUGUAUUGACAUAAUUUUAUUUUUAGUAAUAUUUGUCUAUUUUAUGUGAGGCACUGUUCAUCAACAUGCUCAUAUUAAAAUGCAAUAAAGAAGCAAGCAAGCAAGCUUAAUCUGUGAUAAGGAUGGGUGUGCUUAUCAUAAGAAAUUUGAAUUUCUUUAAAAGGUAACAUGUAAUAGAGAUAGAGUUUUCUCCAUUGUUUAUUAUUAUUUUUCAAUAGAUAGAAAUUUUUGUUUGCACCUUAAUAAUAUUAUUACUGUUAAUAAUAUUAUUAUUAAAAUUACUGCGAGGAUCACUUUCAUUCACGUCUUUAUCCACAGUUCAAAUAUAUGACUUUCAUAUAUUCUUAACCGUUUAAUAUUUUUUUGUGUUGUCUAGUGUUAGUGGCUUAUCUUGAAUGUUUGCUUAAUGUUGAGGGAUCAAGAGUAAGAACAAUUUAUUAAAUAUUGAUCAUAAACCAAGAAUGUUUGGUUAAGAUUGCUGGAUAUUAGACUAGUAUUUUUUAUUAUUAUUUUGUUAUCUCUUUUUUAUGGAGACUGACUUGGUAUCAAGGCCAAUAUCAAGCUAGAUCAAACAAAGUAUUUGUAACAUAAGCUAAAGAUUAUAUGACAGAAUUUAGCUUUCAAAAAAUCAUAGCUGGCAGUUCCAAGCUGGCAAAAAUUCAGGUGGCCAAUCAGGACAAAGGAUUCUUUUUAUUUUCUCUCUCCUUAGAGUCACAAAUAGAAUGAACAAAUUGAGGUUAUUUUAUAACUAACUUGAUUUAAGAAUUAUUGUAGAAUACAGAAGUAAUGGAGCCAUAUGCUCCUUAAAGUAAUAUUUCUGUCCUUACAUACAAUUAAAAGAAACGUUUUCUCUGUGCU